CUCAUAGCGCAUGCAAGCAGAAUUCCCAAUUCACGCGCUUCCACAAAACACACAUAUCAAGUUUUGUGACUGCCAGAAAAAUUAGAUUUUACUAAUUGAAAAGAUGACAUGUACAAGUUUCAGCGUGAGGCAGGAAGUUCGCCGCAGCUGGGUAACUGGAGGCAAGAAGCGCAACCGCAGUAUCGUUCUCUUUUGAUUUCCAUCUCACAGAAUGGGUAAAGUACACGGUUCCCUCGCUCGUGCUGGUAAGGUCAAGUCUCAGUGCCCCAAGGUCGCUAAGCAAGAAAAGAAGAAGCCCGUUGUUGGCCGCGCAAAGAAGAGAAUCAUCUACAACCGCCGCUUCGUUAACGUUACCACUGCUUUCGGUGGCAAGCGCAAGAUGAACCCUGCUCCUACCGCUGGCCCAUAAAUGCAUUAGGGCUCAUACUACUGUAUUUUGUUUAUAGUUAGCAGUGAAGUCUUUUUUUUUUCCUUAAAGAAAAAAUAUACAAAGCGAGCAAUGUACACCUCGAUUCAAAAACACUAUAUCGCCUGCGUCUGAAUAGUAAUUCGUUUGACUUUUGGUUGCAUUCGUGAAUACCUUU